UGUGAUGGCCAAUUAUAGCAAUGCUACAUGGAAUCGUUUCUGGACUCCGUCGCGAUUCGCGAAUGUUAACUACGGAAUGUCAAUUUCAUGUGGCCGUGUGGGCUUGGGCGAGAUUGUAACUUCACAUGAAAGCUGCGGUGGUUGUGUUGUUACUGUAACGAAAUGUAACUCAAAAAUACGCUCCUAUUCCAUCACUAAUAAUUCAUGAAUGCAGCUACGUAUUCCUGCGAUGAAAUCCAGUAAAAUGAAAGUUGCUUUAGAGGAGUCUACAAUUGUCUUUACGUCUAAGCUACAUGUGCCAUAACCACGUGGAACCAUUUCUAACCUACAGCUGUGAUAUCUUUCAGGAUAGCUCUUUACGUGUUGCCGGUUUUCACAGCUUCGUAUUUGUCUUAUGCUACUCAGUUUUGCUUUCCUUCUGUUUAAACCAGACACUGUCGAUCUGAGGACGGUGACACAAUCCUUGCCCGAGGUAACGUGCUUGUUGCUCAUAUAGUAGCCUACUAAUUCAAUGACGCUAGACUUGUGGGCGGUCACCUCUAUAAAAUAACACAGGCACGAAAUAGCAACUCAUACUUUCCCUAACUGUGUUUCGUCCAACUGUGAACGGUAGCUGAAUUUGCAAACUCUAUAUUGCGCUCCCAUUCUUUCUGGAUCAUUUUUAUGUGACAACAAAAUUUGGACAAGACAGUAUAUUGCUACAGGCCUCCCAUUCCGCCGUCAUUAUGAAAACCCUCAGUGGCGGGUGGUUUUUCCAGCUGCUGUGCUUGUUGGCGCUCUCAGCCGCCACAGCUUUGCCGAGCGUUUUAAGGAACUCUGGUGCAAUGAGCAAAGUACCAGUGGGGCUGGGAGAGAUCGACCCUCAGUGCUGGGACUCUUCCUCGCUUGCUCUGAUCGAGAUGAAGAAGCUGCGCGUGGCCGGCACGGUGAGCGCCCUUUGGGACUUCAUGAUGUACCUGAAGCUCUCGCAGCACCAAAAGCACAACGACCUCUUUCUCGACCUGGCUCAACUGUUCUGGGAAAUGUACGUGGACUGCGCCCUGUCAAGGUCCCACGGACUCGGCAGGAGACACGUUGUGUCAAAGCGGUACAUUAUGAAGUAUUCACAGAACUAUACAGAGAACAGGUAUUUCGUUUAGCUGCAGACAGAUGGAACCUGUCAGUGUAUACCUUUUUAAAGCGUCUGUCGGACAUUUAGGUUAUUUGCUGUAGCCUGCUGUUUCUUUGAGUAGAAAGGUUGAAAUAUAAUAUUUAGGUUCAUAUGUCAUGUUUACAAUUUCAUAUUCUAGUAUUAAAUCUGAUCUGCAUUCUU